GCAAAGAAACCUGGCUGCUAAUAGUCACAUGAUUAAGAACCUUUAAAGGGGUAUCUUGCGUUUCCUGAAAACAGACUUGAUAACGAUGCCAACCACACAGCAGUCACCCCAGGACGAGCAAGAGAAGCUCCUCGAUGAGGCCGUCCAGGCUGUUAAAGUCCAGUCCUUCCAAAUGAAGCGCUGCCUGGACAAGAACAAGCUGAUGGAUGCACUGAAACAUGCCUCCAACAUGCUGGGGGAGCUUAGGACCUCCAUGCUGUCUCCGAAGAGCUACUAUGAACUCUACAUGGCCAUCUCUGACGAGCUGCACUACCUGGAGGUCUACCUCACGGAUGAGUUUGCCAAGGGCAGGAAGGUCGCGGAUCUGUACGAGCUGGUCCAGUAUGCAGGGAACAUCAUCCCAAGGCUCUACCUGCUCAUCACGGUGGGUGUGGUCUAUGUGAGGUCCUUCCCCCAGUCCCGGAAGGACAUCCUUAAGGACCUGGUGGAGAUGUGUCGCGGGGUCCAGCAUCCGCUGAGAGGGCUUUUUCUGAGGAACUACCUGCUGCAGUGCACCCGGAACAUUCUGCCUGACGACGGCGAGCAGCCUGAGGAGGAGACGACGGGGGACAUCAACGACUCGAUGGACUUUGUGCUGCUGAACUUUGCGGAGAUGAACAAGCUGUGGGUGCGGAUGCAGCACCAGGGCCACAGCCGGGACCGGGAGAAGAGGGAGAAGGAGAGGCAGGAGCUGCGCAUCCUGGUGGGGACCAACCUGGUGCGGCUCAGCCAGCUGGAGGGUGUCAACGUGGACAAGUACAAGCAGAUUGUCCUGUCUGGAGUCCUGGAGCAGGUGGUCAACUGCCGUGAUUCCCUUGCACAGGAGUACCUCAUGGAAUGCAUUAUACAGGUUUUCCCUGACGAGUUCCACCUGCAGACACUGAACCCGUUCUUGCGCUCCUGUGCUGAGCUGCACCAGAACGUGAAUGUCAAAAAUAUCAUCAUUGCUCUCAUUGACAGACUGGCAUUAUUUGCUCACAGAGAAGACGGUCCUGGCAUCCCAGCAGAUAUUAAACUGUUUGACAUCUUCUCACAGCAAGUAGCUACAGUUAUACAGUCGAGGCAGGACAUGCCUGCGGAGGAUGUGGUGUCUCUGCAGGUGUCCCUCAUUAACCUGGCCAUGAAGUGUUACCCUGACCGCGUGGAUUACGUGGACAAAGUGCUGGAGAGCACCGUGGAGAUCUUCAACAAACUGAACCUGGAACACAUAGCAACCAGCAGUGCGGUAUCCAAGGAACUGAUGAGGCUCCUGAAGAUCCCUGUGGACACCUACAACAACAUCUUGACCAUUCUGCAGCUGAAGCACUUCCACCCGCUAUUCGAGUACUUUGAUUACGAGUCCCGCAAGGCGAUGAGCUGCUACGUACUGAGCAACACCUUGGACUACAGUACGGAGAUCGUGGCCCAGGAACAGGUGGAUGCCAUCCUGAAUCUGGUCUCGACGCUGAUCCAGGAUCAGCCGGACCAGCCCGCCGAAGACCCAGACCCCGAGGACUUUGCGGAGGAGCAGAGUCUGGUGGGCCGGUUCAUUCAUCUCCUCCGAUCCGAGGACCCGGAUCAGCAAUACCUGAUUUUGAACACAGCCAGGAAGCACUUCGGAGCCGGAGGGAACCAGAGGAUUCGUCACACGCUCCCGCCGCUAGUUUUCGCCGCAUACCAGCUGGCUUUCCGCUACAAAGAAAACGCCAGCUCGGAUGACAAGUGGGAGAAGAAGUGCCAGAAGAUUUUCUCCUUCGCCCACCAGACCAUCAGUGCACUGAUCAAAGCUGAGCUGGCGGAGCUGCCGCUGCGUCUCUUCCUGCAGGGGGCGAUAGCGGCCGGUGACAUCGGCUUCGAGAAUCAUGAGACGGUGGCCUACGAGUUCAUGUCACAGGCCUUCUCCCUGUACGAGGACGAGAUCGGUGACUCCAAGGCCCAGCUGGCGGCCAUCACGCUGAUCAUCGGCACGUUUGAGAGGACCCGCUGCUUCAGCGAGGAGAAUCACGAGCCGCUGCGGACCCAGUGCGCGCUGGCCGCCUCCAAGCUGCUGAAGAAGCCGGACCAGUGCCGCGCCGUCGGCACCUGCGCCCACCUUUUCUGGUCGGGACGCAACACCGACAAAAAUGGGGAGGAGAUCCGUGAUGGCAAGCGGGUGAUGGAGUGCCUGAAGAAAGCUCUGAAAAUUGCCAACCAGUGCAUGGACCCCUCGCUGCAGGUCCAGCUCUUCAUCGAGAUCCUCAACAGAUACGUCUACUUCUACGAGAAGGAGAACGAGGCGGUGACGGUUCAGGUCCUUAACCAGCUCAUCCAGAAGAUCCAGGAGGACCUUCCGAACCUUGAGGCGAGCGAGGAGACAGAACAGAUCAACAAACACUUCCACAACACUCUCGAGCACCUGCGCCUGAGGAGGGAGUCGCCCGCGGCCGAGGGCCGACCCUACGAGGGGCUGGUCCUGUAAAGGGCGCCACCCACGCCAAAAUAGUCCAUCCAGUGGUAAACGCCACCCCUCUCCUGCCCCGCCUCUCUCUCUCCCAGCACUUCUGUUUCCCCCUGCAUUCAUUGCUUUGUCUUUUCUUUGCGUGACAGCCUGGCCAAUCCGAAGCUUUCCUUUCCCGUCGAGUACACCUUUCAAAGUAACAAGAAAACAAGCCUUAACGGCCCCACCUGCUUUGCCAGGCUUUGCUUUGUUCAGUAUCUCCCUCAGCCGAGAGGCAAUGAAUAAACCCCCCCCCCCCCCGACUGUUUCACCCAUUUCUGUGUUUCAUUAACGCAAAAAUUCCUUGCUCGUGAGUGAGACCUUGCAGACAGCAUGUGGAUGUGUUAGCCGUCUCCAUCUUGCGCACUCCAGACAGGGCAGGCUGUUGUGCUAAGUGCUCAUAUUUGUGUGCAUUCUUCUGCCCUGCUGCAGCAUGGUAGAACGUAACCAUUAGCUCCCUUCUGGAGACGAUAGCGUGACUCCCUCUGCGUGUUCAUUUUUUUUCUGGUUGCAGUUCACCUUUGAGGCAGGUGCCAUUUGCUUGAGUGUAAUGUGCAUGCCUAGAAUAUCUUGAGCGACAGUUGGUGGGAUGGACACAGGUGUGGAUGGACAGACUGACACACAUCAGAAGAUGAGAGCGGGAGCUGUGUGUGCACCCGCUGUAAUCGAGAGAACAGGAGGACCCUGAUUCUGAACGUUUAGCUUGAAGUCAAUCCAAAACAGAAACCUUUUCCAUUUUUUUAUUUUUUUUUGUUCUGUAUAUUUUUCUACAACCUUAUUGUGAAUCAGAAAAAAAACAUGAGUGCUAAUUUCACAGAUCAUUUUCAGAGAGGAGCAAGCUGAUAUCAAGGACACAGGAAUUACUUUAUAUAGAUUAAAAGUAGCAAUGUGGCUUUAACACAGAAGGAAUAUAUGAAUAUUGAAUAUGUAUUUCUAUAUCAUUACAACUUAAAUGCUAUAUAGAAGCGAGUUGUACAUGGGAGUUACAGAGUAAUUCUGUGAGGCAGUAUUCAAUUUAUGUAGUACAGUCUAAAUACGGAGGUCUUUGUUAGUUGUCAUCUGAUGACCAAAUAAACUUCAGCG